CAAAUUAAACCAAAACCUGUCAAACUCGAUGAACUAGGAACACAAGCUUUUGGAGCUGCUCAUUUACUUAAAGACCGAAGCAAUGUUAAAAUUUUGGGCCCUCAAAUAGAAGAUUUAAUUCCUUGUAUCAUUAUUUCAAUGGGAACAGGCGUUUCAUACUCUGCCCUAUCGAUUGAUAAUAAGGUGAAACAUGUAGGUGGCUCACCGCUAGGAGGUGGAACCUUACUUGGCUUAGCAAAUUUACUGAUUCAAGUAAAUAACUUCGAUGAAAUACUUAGAUUAGCUAAUAUUGGCAAAACAUCUACAUUGGACUUACUUAUCUCAGACAUUUAUGGUCAAAAUUACGGAAAUACUUUAUUAUCUGAUGUUUGCGCUUCUUCUUUUGCCAAAGCAUCAAUAGAACAUAAAACUGCUCCUAAAGAAGAUAUAGCUGCAUCACUCCUUUCUGCAAUUUGUUAUUCUAUUGCAGGUGGAGCUGCAACUGUUGCUAGAGCAGAGAAAGUAACAUCUCUUGUUUUUGUCGGUGGUUUCCUCUCAAUGGAGGGAAGUAUCCCUGAUUCAUUAUAUAAGUCAGCUUCUUUGUUUAACAAAGAAAUCUCAUUAAUUUUCCCAGAGAAUCAUAGAUAUGCAGGAGCAAUUGGUGCAGCCUUGCGAGCAUCAGAACUCCAAUGA